GGGAGCAGGCGGCUCAAAUUCUCACAAUAACAUAUUAAAUAUUCUCAUCAUUCAGAUAGAAAAAUGAGUUUAUGGGUGGAUAAAUAUAGACCAACGUCCUUGGCUAAACUCGACUACCACAAGGAGCAAGCAAACCAUCUAAAAAACCUGGUCCAGUGUGGUGAUUUUCCACACUUGUUGGUUUAUGGACCGCCUGGUGCUGGGAAGAAAACACGGAUCAUGUGUCUGCUCAGAGAGUUGUACGGACCCGGGGUCGAGAAACUCAGGAUUGAACACCAGUCCAUCACGACUCCAUCUAAAAAGAAGCUUGAAAUCAACACUAUUGCCAGCAACUAUCAUCUAGAGGUGAAUCCAAGUGAUGCUGGGAACAGUGACCGUGUGGUCAUUCAGGAGCUGAUAAAAACUGUCGCCCAGUCUCAGCAGAUUCAGUCCAGUGCCCAGAGAGAGUUCAAAGUGGUGCUGCUGACUGAGGUGGACCGUCUCACUAAAGAUGCCCAGCAUGCUUUGCGGCGUACGAUGGAGAAGUACAUGUCCACUUGUCGACUGAUUCUUUGCUGUAACUCCACCUCAAAAGUGAUCUCCCCCAUCAGGAGCAGGUGUCUGGCUGUGAGAGUCCCUCUGCCAAGUGUGGAAGAGGUGUGCAGUGUCCUGUCAGGCGUUUGCAGGAAGGAGGGCCUGCUGCUUCCUCCUGAACUGGCCAGACAGAUUGCUGAGAAAUCUGGCCGUAACCUCCGUAAAGCACUGCUUAUGUGUGAAGCCUGCAGAGUUCAACAGUAUCCAUUCUCUCCAGACCAGGACAUCCCUGUGACAGACUGGGAGGUGUACCUCAGAGAGACUGCUAAUGCUAUAGUCAGCCAGCAGAGCCCUCAAAGACUUUUAGAGGUUCGGGCACGAUUGUAUGAACUUCUAACUCACUGCAUCCCACCAGAUGUCAUCAUGAAGGGCCUGGUGACGGAGUUGCUGAGUAACUGUGAUGGACACCUGAAGGCCGAGGUGGUUCAGAUGGCGGCGUACUAUGAGCACAGACUGCAGCUCGGCAACAAAGCUAUUUACCACCUGGAGGCCUUUGUAGCUAAAUUCAUGGCCAUCUACAAGAAGUUUAUGGAAGAUGGACUUGACAACUUUAUGUUCUGAACUAUUCUAGCCAAAAAUUAAUAAGAUAUGUUGGAUAACUGUUUGUUUUUCAUAAUAAAAGCUAUUUAAAAUG